UUCAGCUAAUUGGGCCUCAAUAGUUGCCAGACUUCUCUCCUCUCUAGCUCUCUCUUUCCCUCUCUCUCUCUCUCUCUCACUCCCACUUUCUAGCACUGGAACAGCAGCAGACAGAGGAGUGGAGGUUCUGUGCUCUCAAUGGGAUUUUAAAAAGCUAAGGUGCUGUUUUCCUGGUGAAAGAAGUUUUCCCUAAGCAGAGGUGUAACCGGCAUCAGCGCGGGUCAGCAGGACUUUUUUGGACUGCACAAGUGUUGGUUUUGGAAGGAGUUGCCUGCCUGUCUUGCUCUUUGGUUGCACUCAUUACCCAGUGGAAAUGGAUGGUGUGAACAUUCAGCUUCAGAGGACCGGUACUCACUGAGAUCCAUCUCCAGCUGUCGCCCGGAAUUAGCUGUGUGCCGUGAAAGGGGACCAGCCUCUGCUCAACUGCCAACCUCUGUCCUUCACACCCAAAUGCUGUGUGCCUGUCGUCGAGCCGGCCUUGUCUUGUGAGCUAUGGCCUUGUGUUGAAGGUCGGGCCUGCAUUCAGGGGCCUCUCCUGGUGCAACACUUCUCCUGCGGCCCCAACAAAGAGGCAUCCCUUCUUGCUCUCUCUCUCUCUCUCUCUCUCUCUCUCUCUCUCUCUCUCUCUCUCUCUCUCUCUCUCUCUCUCUCUCUCUCUCUCUCUCUCCCCUUAGGACCCAAAUGAUCAACUGCAGACAGUAUAAAUGAGAGAGGAGGAGUGGGUGUUUUUUGAGCGUCUUCAUGCGCUUGUGUUCCCGGCGUUUGCCAGCGGGAUAUGAGCGUUCUGGGCGCGAGGAAAGACGACGUGUUGAAUCAUCCACCUGCAGUAGCAGCAGCAGCGGCAGCAGCUGGAGGAACUCUAGACUCCCGUGAAGCCAUGCAGUCAGAGGAGCUCUUCAACAGGAAGCUGAAAUCCUUGAACGGCAGCAUGGGGCCUCCGGCCAACACCACGCAAAGCAAGUCCGAGGGGGGAGGCAAAGCCAACGGGACCACCCCCGCCAUGCCCAAGAUGGGGGUCCGAGCGAGGGUGACCGACUGGCCCCCGAGGAAGGAUGGAUGGGAUGGCCGGUCUGGUCCCAAUUAUGAAAGUGUCAUAAUGGCAUUUCAGAACGGGCAGCCAGACCAACGCAUGGAGAUGAGCGAGAUGGAGGAACCAACUCUGGACUCUGAUUACCCCGAGGCUAAGUACACGCUGAGUGACCUCCUGAGCCGCUCGCCUUUGAAGGGCCUCCACCCCAUCCGCCAGAGGAGCAACAGCGACGUGACUAUCAGCGACAUCGACUCGGAGGACCUGAUGGACCAGAAGGCCGUCAAUCCAAACACUGGCGCCUCGUUGCACCGAGAAUACGGCAGUACGUCCUCCAUCGACCGGCAAGGACUGUCUGGACUCUCUGGACUCACUGGUGAAGGCUUCUUCACCCUGCUGAGGGGCUACCGGGUGGACACCUUGGACCACCGCGGCAUGCCGCCCCUGGGUUUCCCAGAGCUCCUGCGCUGUGAGACGGCCCUUUCGCCCAGCCUGCAGACGGCGGCGCAGAUCGCCCGCGGGGAGAUCGUGCGCAUCUCCAACUACGACUACGUGGACAGCUCCUUGCUCUACAGUCGCGAGCGGGAGAAGUCCUUCAUGCGGCGCCUCAAGUCCGACUCGUCCGAGACGACAUCGCUGUUCCGUAAGCUGCGGACGAUUAAGAGCGAGCACGACGGCCUCCGACUCUUCAUGGAGGACGACCGGCGGCCAUUCAGCUUCCAAAAGUGCUUUGCCCACUACGAUGUUCAGAGUGUGCUGUUCAACGUCAGCGAGGCAUUGGCCAGCAGAGUCACCCUUGCCCAGAGGAAGAACAUGACGACCGGAGCCUCGGCCGCCUCACAGUACCAGGUCUCCGGAGGAAUGCCUGGGGCAGGAGGUGGAGGUGGAGGCGGGUUGGUUGGAGGAGGAGCUGGAGGCGGUGGUGGAGGAUUAGGAGCAGUUGCCUGCAGUAGCAUGAACACACCUGCGUCCUUCGAGUCCCCCCUGGGUAGUCGCGAGGACUUGAACCCCAAAGAGAACUUGGACGCGGACGAGGGCGACGGCAAAAGCAACGGACUAGUGCUCACCUGCCCUCACUUUCGCAACGAGGUCGGCGGUGAAGGGGAGAGACGGAUCUCCCUCUCUAGAGCCAACAGCACGACCUACAACAUCGGUGGCGAGAGCUGCUCGUUCGAGUCGUCCCUGAGCUCACACUGCACCAACGCUGGCGUCUCGGUCUUGGAGGUGCCCCGAGAGAACCAGCCCAUCCACCGGGAGAAAGUCAAACGCUACAUCAUUGAGCACAUCGACCUGGGAGCAUACUACUACCAUAAGUACUUUUAUGGGAGAGAGCACCAGAACUACUUUGGGGUGGAUGAGAAUCUUGGGCCUGUGGCUGUAAGCGUCCGCAGAGAAAAGCUGGAAGAUAACAAGGAGAGGGAGGCGAGUCAGUACAACUAUCGCAUCACCUUCCGGACCAGCCAGCUGACCACUCUUCGGGGAGCCAUCCUGGAAGACGCGGUGCCCUCCACCGCCCGGCACGGCACUGCCCGCGGCCUGCCAAUAAAGGAGGUUCUGGAGUAUGUAGUCCCUGAGCUGAACAUCCAGUGCCUGAGGUUGGCCCUCAACUCCCCCAAGGUCCCUGAGCAGCUCCUCAAAUUGGACGAACAGGGGCUGAGUUUCCAGCACAAGGUGGGUGUCCUGUACUGCAAGGCUGGCCAGAGCACAGAGGAGGAGAUGUACAACAACGAGAGCGCCGGACCGGCCCUGGACGAGUUCCUGGACCUGCUGGGCCACAGAGUGCGCCUCAAGGGUUUCACCAAGUACAGAGCCCAGCUGGACAACAAGACGGACUCCACGGGCACACACUCCCUCUACACCACCUACAAAGACUACGAGCUGAUGUUCCACGUCUCCACCCUUCUGCCCUACACCCCCAAUAACAAGCAGCAGCUGUUGAGGAAGAGGCACAUAGGAAACGACAUCGUCACUAUUGUUUUCCAAGAGCCUGGCUCCCUGCCUUUCACUCCCAAAAACAUUCGCUCCCACUUCCAGCAUGUGUUUGUCAUCGUCAAAGUCCACAACCCCUGCACAGAGAAUGUGUGCUACAGUGUGGCUGUGUCUCGAUCGAAAGAUGUGCCUCCCUUUGGUCCUCCCAUCCCCAAGGGCGUAACCUUCCCAAAGUCCGCCGUGUUCAGGGACUUCCUGCUUGCCAAGGUGAUCAACGGCGAGAACGCGGCGCACAAGUCGGAGAAGUUCCGCGCCAUGGCCACGCGCACACGGCAGGAGUACCUGAAGGACCUGGCGGAGAACUUUGUCAGCACGGCCACCGUAGACUCGGCCGUCAAGUUCAGCUUCAUCACCCUCGGCGCCAAGAAGAAGGAACGCAGCAAGCCGCGCAAGGACGCUCACCUGCACAGCGUGGGAGCCAUCACCUGGAGCGUGGUGGCCCGUGACUUUGGCCACUCGGCCGACGUGAGCUGCCUGCUGGGCGUCUCCAACGAGUUCAUCGUGCUCGUGGAGGAGGACUCCAAGAACGUGGUGUUCAACUGCUCCUGCCGCGACGUCAUCGGCUGGACGUCCAGCGUGGGCGCCGUCAAGGUGUUCUACGAGCGAGGCGAGUGUGUCAUGUUCUCAGCGCUCGAGCACUGCGCGGAGGACAUCCAGGAGAUUGUCCAGCGACUGGAGAUUGUGACGCGGGGUUGCGAGACCUCGGAGAUGACUCUGCGCCGGAACGGCCUGGGUCAGCUGGGUUUCCAUGUCAACUUUGAGGGCAUCGUGGCCGACGUGGAGCCCUUUGGCUUCGCCUGGAAAGCUGGCCUGCGACAGGGCAGCCGCCUGGUGGAGAUCUGCAAGGUGGCAGUGGCUACGCUCACCCACGAGCAGAUGAUCGACCUGCUCCGCACCUCCGUCACGGUGAAGGUGGUCAUCAUCCAGCCCUAUGACGACGGCACUCCCCGCAGGGGCUGUUCGGAGCUCUAUCGCAUCCCCAUGGUGGAGUAUAAGCUGGACAGCGAGGGCACACCCUGCGAGUAUAAGACGCCCUUCAAGCGAAACACCACCUGGCACCGUGUGCCCACACCGGCCAAUCAGGCAUUGCCCCGCGGGUCGCCCACCCAGGGCCCUGAGCGGCUGCAGUGUCAGCAGAUCCUGCAGCACACACAGUCCUCCGCCAUCCCACGAAGCACCUCUUUCGACAGAAAGCUGCCCGACGGGCCCAGGACCAUGCAGGACGUGGAGCACCCUCAGAUGGCCUCGUGUGGUAAGGGCGACCCCAGAGAGCACUACCGCAGCUCCCCCAGCAACCAGUCCUCCUCCAGCGACCCCGGGCCCAGCGGCAGCAGCACCUGGGCCCAGCAGCCAGGAUAUGAUGGGUGCCAGUCCCCAGUGCUUCACGAGCGUGCGGGCGAGGGGCAAGGCACGAUGGGAGAGGGAGAGGGCUUACGGGAAAGAGAGCACACACUGGAGCGGACCAGGUCUGCAGAGGCUAAAUGGCACAUCCCCUCCACCAAGAUCCUCAACUCCCUCAAAGAGAGGGGCAAGGACUCCCCCAACAAACUGAGUCGUACCGGCGACAAGAACUCCAGCCACUCCAGCAGCAACACGCUGUCCAGCAACGCGUCCUCCAGCACCAGCGACGACAAGCACUUUGGCUCGGGUGACCUCAUGGACCCCGAGAUGCUGGGCCUCACCUACAUCAAGGGCGCGUCCACCGACAGCGGCAUCGACACAGCGCCCUGCAUGCCCCCGCCCUCCUCCGGUGGGGCCGGGGUGCCGGGGGCAGGAGCGGCCGCAGGGGCAGGGGCAGCAGCAAGGGGCGCCUGUGCCCGCGUGGCCCUCCAAGGCAGGGGGCUGGAGCAGGGUCACCCGUCCUGGGCUGGAGGAGGAGAGGAGGGCGCAGCGUUGCCAGGCGAGGAGCACGGAGGGAAGCUGUACCUGCCCCAGGGCUACGCGGCCGCGCUCGUGGCGGGUCACGUGACCGACGGGAGCAUGGGGGACCUCAGCGAGCUGUCGUCCCACUCCAGUGGUUCCCACCACUCAGGCAGCCCCCGUGCGCGGGGAUCCCUGCACAGCGUCUCCCCCGACCUCCACAGGUCCCCCCUCCGUGCUGUGGGGCCCAGCCCGGGCCCCGGGGCCACCGCCACCGGACAGGAGGGCCACACGCACGCGCGCAGGAAACGCACCGAAGACAGGCCCAGCCUCACGGAGCCGCCCAGCCUGUCAGGGUGUGGUGGAGCUGAGAGUUUGCUAGCUUUUCUCCUUAAGACCCUAGCCGAGCGUUCCAGGCAGAUGUACGCCGCCGAGAUGGCCAGCAGGAUGCGGGAGAGUGAGCGAGGGAAGCUGCAGCCGGGCAUGUCCAAGGAGGAGUACCUGAAGAUGAUGGCGCUGCCGGACAGCCCGCCCGGCGAGGAUGGACACAGGAAGUCGUCUGCGUCCGGUAGUCUGUCCCCACGGCGUUCGCUCUACCGCACGCUGUCGGACGAGAGCGUGUGCAGCAGCAACAGGAAGGGCUCAUCCUACUCCAGCUCGCGCAGCUCCAUGCUGGACCAGGCGAUGCCCAGCGACAUCCUCUUCAGCUCCACGCCAGCCUACCACAGCACGCUGCCCCCCAGGAUGGGCAUCUGCCAGCCCAGCUCCAACCUCAGGAAUGAGUUCUGGUUCUCCGACGGCUCCCUCGCCGACCGCGCCAAAUUCACAGACCCGGGGCUCAUGCCCCUGCCAGAUGUGGCCUCCGACCUGGACUGGUCGCACCUGGUUGAUGCAGCACGAGCCUUCGAAGACCAGCGUGUGGCGUCCUUCUGCACCAUGACGGACAUGCAGCGGGCCGAGGCUUUGCAGAUCUCUCAGGAGUUGACCAGGAGGGUGGCCGCCGCUGAGGGAGCAGCACUGCAAGCAGGGGAAACCUCUCCUGCCACUCUGACAGGCAAAGUCAACCAGCUGGAGGUGAUUCUGAGGCAGCUGCAGUACGACCUGAGAAAGGAGAAGGAGGACAAAGCCAUCCUGCAGGAGGAGGUGCAGCACCUGAGGCAGGACAACAUGCGGCUGCAGGAGGAGAGCCAAACAGCUGCCGCCCAGCUGCGGAAGUUCACUGAGUGGUUCUUCAACACCAUUGACAAGAAGCCCUGAGCCACAACCCCCAACAACCCCCACACACACACACACACACACACACACACACACACACACACACACACCUCUAUUCAUCCCCUAGGACAGGGAAGAGGAACCUUUAGGGAGAACCGCUGAAGGAACCCUUGAAAGUAGACAUCACUUUUAUAGAGAAAGAAAAAGGCCUCAAGGCCAAGUCGGGGUCUCACAGGCACUCAGCUACCCCUCUCCCCCAAACACACACACACACACACACACACACCACCAUCAUUAUACCAGAGGAACUGUCUGCUCAGAGAGAUCUUGAGACGUGCUGAGGGAAAACUGCCUGUGUGUGUGUGUGUGUGUGUGUGUGCCUUUGUGUGCUCACAAGUUGUGUGUAUGUGUGUGUAUGUGUGUCUGCGUCUGUGUCUGUGUGUGUGUGUGUGUGUCUGUGUCU